AUGGAGCAGGCCGGCGACCUCCCCGCCCCGCCCGACCGCUCCUCCGUCCUCGUUGGUGCCCCUGCCGGUGUGCCCGUUGCCCCCCUGCCCCCAGCCGAGCCCGCAACAGGCGCCGCCCCCAAGCCAAAGGCCCAUCGACGGCUAGGGCUGGCGCUGCCGCCGGUCGGCGUCCCGCGGCCCCCCUCCGCCACUCUGACGACGGUCGGGCAUGGCUCCGCCGCCCCUCCCCUGCCGGCUGCGACCACAACAUCGAAGAAGCGGGUUCCCCGUGACCCGUCCGCGCCGGCGUCCAAGCGGCCGGCGAAGAAGGCACCGCCGGCCCCUCCUGCGGUCUCCCUGCCUCCUCAUCCUCCUCCUGCGGCCCUUGGCCCCGCUGCGCCCGCUCCUCCUCCCCCUCCGGUGGCACCUGCCGUGGCCGAGGUGUUCGAUGGAAUGCCUGAAAGUGUGGAUGAUGAAACUUUUUUGCACUAUACUAACAUGUUGGGAGAAGAUCCUCUAUCACAAGAAACUGAAUCUCAAGAAUUGCAAGAUCAAGAAAUGCAAGAGGAGGAGGGAUUUGUUGAUCCUACUCCACGAAGGGCGGUGAGAGGAGCAAACUUCACGGUGAAGGAGGAUGAGUUGUUGUGUAGAGCAUGGCAAACCAUCACUCUUGAUGCAAUCACCGGUGUUGAGCAACAAAGCAACACCUAUUGGGAACGUAUCCAUGAUCACCACAAGGACAACAACAAGGGGGGCUUGUACCGAUCACGAGUAUCACUCUCACAUAGAUGGCAAACUAUACAAGCGGAUUGCCAAAAGUGGGCAGCAUGUUUGGCACAAGUUGAACGCCUCAACCCAAGUGGUACAAAUGAGGUUGAUAAGGUACACAUUGCUCAAGAAUUGUACAAGGGGAAACCAAAGAAGAAAGGUGGAAAGCAAGGCAAGUCAUUUGGUUUGCACCAUUGUUGGGCAUUGCUCCAACAUGAUGAGAAGUGGAGGAAUUGGGGCGCCAAUGAAAUACCAAACAAGAAGAAGGCCAAUAGUUCGGUUGGAGAGACCGUGCAAGUUGACAUAGAUGACGAGAACUCAAGUGGUGAAGAUGAAAGGAGCCCCACUCCUUCUUCGGUUCCUAGGAAGAGGCCCGAUGGGAGAAAGAAAGAGAAGGAUAAGUUGAAGAAAGGAGAGGACAAUGUCUACAAGGAAUCAUUGGACAACAUGUUGAACAUAAGGAAAGACAUAGCCACUCAAAAGAAAGACUUGAAGACCAAAGAAUUGGAAGAGAAGAUGAUAGCCGAGGAGAGGAGGGUGGCGGCCGAGGAGAGGAGGAACGAGAUUGAGGAGGGGAAGGCAAAGAUUGACGCGAGGAGGAACGAGAUUGAGGAGGAGAAGGCGAAGAUUGACGCGAGGAGGGCCGCGGCUGAGGAGAGGAGGGCCGAGGCUAAGGAGAGGAAGGUGGCCUCCGAUGAUAUGAUGAAAAGGUUGGAACAAGAACACAAGAUUAUGUUCAUGGAUACAAGUGGUCUAGAUCCGAAGGCAAAAGCAUAUCAUGAACUCUUGAGUGAUCAAAUCUUGGUGUCGAGGACAAUGGGUGGGUUCAUUGGAAGCAUGGGUGGCAAUGGAGGCUUUAGUGGCAUGGGUGGCAAUGGUGCCAUUUGA